AUGGCGGACGGCGAGGAUGCCCCAAAGAAGCGAACUUUCAAGAAGUACUCAUACCGUGGCAUCGACCUCGACAAACUGCUCGACAUGAGCAACCAGGAUCUCAUGGAGCUCUUUUGCGCGCGCCAGCGUCGAAAGUUCAGCCGCGGGAUCAAGCGCAAGCCGAUCACCGUUCUCAAGAAGUUGCGCAAGGCAAAGCGUGAGACUGCCUACGGGGAGAAGCCGGAGGCAGUGAAGACGCACCUGAGAAACAUGGUCAUCGUGCCACCUGGAUCCGUUUCGGGGAGUGCCGCGUGUGAGGGGCAGGAAGGAUUCACCCGGCCAGAGAUGAUCGGCCCCUUGACCUGGACAAGUCGUGUCGGUAGUCUCGGGGCUCGCGGAAGGGACCGGGAGAUGAUCGGACACUACUUGGGAGAGUUUUCGAUUACCUACAAACCGAUCAAGCACGGCCGCGCGGGGAUGAUGGGCAAGAACUCCCAGUUCGUUCCGCUCAAGUGA